AUGGCAUCUCCCGAAGGCGAUUACUGGUUCCACCACGCCGUCCUCAAAUCUAGCAAAUUCGACCCCAAAGACCCCAAGCAAUUCUAUACAACAGCGUUCUUAGAAUUUGCAUCUAAUGUCGUUUAUGAUGAAGGGUUCAUUGUACCAAUGAUUCCUUGGGAGGGUCAUCCCAGGACCAGAAAACAAUUAUUGCACGAAUUUUGGAGAACAACAUAUGCUCGCCUCGAAUACACGACGGCGAUGGUCGGCCCCACGAAUAAAAAGAUCUCCAGAUCUAGAAAGAUUCAAGGUACUGACGACUACUAUGGGUUGUACACCCGAACCAACGAGACCAAAGUGGCAUUGGUGCCUGUGUACAUGCCGACCUGGGAUGAACGAUACCUUUGGGUGGAUCUGACCUACCCAUUGAGAGCAAUCUACUUCCCCAAAAGACACCUGGCCAGUCCCAAGUACACAAACUCUUGUGUAUACUCGCGAUUGAACCUCCGUGAGAAGUCUGUCACUUUGCAAGCACACGAGCUCAACCCAAAUGAGGCACCGAGUGACCUCAACACUGGAGGUGACUUCCAGAGUCGAUCUGUCAAAUCGGCGCAAAUCGAAUACCGAAAAAAGCAUGGAUUUGGCAUGCAGAAUUAUGCAAAAGUCUCUCCGGACGAGAAACUCACCACAAAGUCGAUCACAAUCAAACCGGAUCCAUUCAAAGGCUGGGAUAAUCGGCCACAAUGGACCGCGCGGUUUGACGUGCGCACGAUCAUGUUUGUUGUCAGCUUGCCCGACAACCUGCUCAAGCCAGAGUAUAUCGACCCGUAUCAUUUUAUCGAACUUUUCGACUGCAGACAUAUUGAUCUUGUUGGGGGGGAGAAGGGAAUUAGUAUGAGCACCGACGAUUCAUUUGAUUAUUUGCGAGUUCUGAGUGAUGAGAAUGGCAUGAAAUUGGCUUUAGAGAACAAUGGCUUUGACUCGCAAUGGUUGGCCAAAACUUUGUCAGGCAUUGCGUUGGUUGGCGUCGGAUGUAUCCCAAUGGUUGGACCUCUAGCUGCUCUGGCAGGUACGUUGAUCGUGGAUGCGCUUUUGGACCCCAGUGUGUUCGCCAAAGAAAAGUUUUCUGCCGAUAGGCUACCAGUGGUUGUCGCUGCUUUCGUGACCUCCGCUAUUGAAGCGAAAGGUUAUGUGAAGGAAUUGAAAGCUGCAAAGAAGAUUGUGUCAAAAAAGCUAUUGGUUGAACAGGGGGAGCGGAAAGCUAUCGAAGUUGGCAACGAGGAGCCCGAGGACAAUAAAGACGAACCUGAGGAUAACGAAGAACCUGAGAAUAAAGAAGAGCCCGAGGAUAGCGAGGAAGAACCUGAGGACAGCGAGGAGCCUGAGGACAACGAGGAAGAACCUAAGGACAACGAGGAAGUACCUGAGGACAACGACGAAGUACCUGAGGGCAACGCAGAAGAACUCGAGGACAACGAAGAAGAGCCUGAGGACAACGAAGAAGAACCCGAUGAUAACGAAGAACCUGAGGAUAGCGAAGGACCCGAGAACGAAGAGCCCGAGGAACCUGAACCCGACGACAACGAGGAACCUGAGGACAACGAAGAGGAGCCUGAGGACAACGAAGAGGAGCCUGAGGACAACGAAAAGGAGCCUGAGGACAACGAAAAGGAGCCCGAGGACAGAAAAAGACCCGAGAACGAAGAGCCUGAGGAACCUGAAGAAACCGAGGAUGACGGAGAGCCUGAGAAACAUGAGGACAAUGAAGAGCCCGAGGAUAACGAAGAGGAACCUGAGGGAAACGAGGAACCCGGGGAUGACGAAGAGCCCGAGGAUAACGAAGAGCCCGAGGAUGACGAAGAGCCUGAGGAUAACGAAGAGCCCGAGGAUGACGAAGAGCCUGAGGAUAACGAAGAGGAAAACGAGGAACCCGGGGAUGACGAAGAGCCCGAGGAUAACGAAGAGCCUGAGGAUAAUGAAGAGGAAAACGAGGAACCCGAGGAUGACGAAGAGCCUAAGGAAAGUGAUGAUAACGAAGAGCCCGAGGAUAACGAAGAGCAACCUGAGGAAAACGAGGAAAACGAGGAACCCGACGAUGACGAAGAGCCUGAGGAUAACGAAGAGGAAAACGAGGAACCCGAGGACAACGAAGAGCCUGGGGACAACGACGAACCUGAAGACAACGACGGACCUGAAGACAAAGACGGACCUGAAGACAAAGACGAACCUACGGGCAAUCAAGAAGGUGGAGGCAAACGCGGGGUGGAACAACAGCCAGAUGGACAAGACGCCAAGGUAAAAGAAACAGACAGGGAAGAUAACCAGGGCGAGAAAGAUAUGGAAAAGGAGGACGAGAUGGACCUGUUCAAUCUGAAGCCCGAAUGGGUUGUUGAAGAAUACCCAGCCAAUAAGUGA